ACGGCGGCAUCUGCGGCGCGGGGCAUGGUCCCCGGGUCGGAGGGCCCGGCCCGCGCCGGGGGCCUCGUGGCUGACGUGGUGUUUGUAAUUGAGGGCACGGCCAAUCUGGGGCCCUACUUCGAGGGGCUCCGCAAGCACUACCUGCUCCCGGCCAUAGAGUAUUUUAAUGGCGGCCCUCCUGCCGAGACGGACUUCGGGGGAGACUAUGGGGGCACCCAGUACAGCCUCGUGGUGUUCAACACGGUGGACUGCGCUCCAGAGUCCUACGUACAAUGUCACGCUCCCACCAGCAGCGCCUAUGAGUUUGUCACCUGGCUUGAUGGCAUUAAGUUCAUGGGCGGAGGUGGCGAGAGCUGCAGCCUCAUCGCCGAAGGCCUCAGCACGGCCCUGCAGCUGUUUGACGACUUUAAGAAGAUGCGGGAGCAGAUCGGCCAGACACACCGAGUCUGCCUCCUUAUCUGCAACUCGCCCCCGUACCUGCUGCCUGCUGUCGAGAGCACCACGUACUCGGGGUGCACGACGGAGACUCUGGUGCAGAAGAUCGGAGAGCGAGGAAUCUACUUCUCCAUCGUGUCCCCCCGGAAGCUGCCUGCCCUGAGGCUGCUGUUUGAGAAGGCGGCUCCUCCAGCCAUGCUGGAACCCCUGCAGCCACCAGCAGACGUGAGCCAGGACCCACGGCACAUGGUGCUGGUGCGGGGGCUUGUGCUGCCGGUUGGGGGUGGCUCAGCCCCAGGCCCCCUCCAGCCCAAGCAGCCUGUGCCCCUGCCUCCAGCCGCACCUGCGGGCGCCACACUCUCAACAGCCCCCCAGCAGCCUCUGCCACCGGUCCCCCAGCAGUACCAGGUCCCCGGGAACCUGAGUGCAGCGCAGGUGGCUGCCCAGAACGCCGUGGAGGCAGCCAAGAACCAGAAGGCAGGGCUGGGCCCUCGCUUCUCGCCCAUCAACCCUCUUCAGCAAGCCACUCCAGGAGUGGGUCCCCCCUACAGCCAGACCCAGGCCACCCAGCUGCCCCCAGGGCCCCCUGGUGCCCCCAAGCCGCCUCCUGCUUCCCAGCCCAGCCUGGUCUCCACUGUGGCCCCAGGCCCAGGCCUGGCACCCCCUGCACAGCCCGGGGCACCGUCCAUGGCGGGCACCGUGGCCCCGGGCGGGGUGAGCGGCCCUUCCCCGGCCCAGCUCGGGGCCCCAGCCCUUGGCGGGCAGCAGUCAGUCUCCAACAAACUCCUGGCCUGGAGCGGGGUCCUUGAGUGGCAGGAGAAACCCAAACCCGCCUCCGUAGAUGCCAACACCAAGCUGACCCGGUCACUGCCUUGUCAGGUCUACGUGAAUCAUGGCGAGAACCUGAAAACGGAGCAGUGGCCCCAGAAGCUGAUCAUGCAGCUCAUCCCCCAGCAGCUGCUGACCACCCUGGGCCCUUUGUUCCGGAACUCGAGGAUGGUCCAGUUUCACUUCACCAACAAAGACCUGGACUCUCUCAAAGGCCUCUACCGCAUCAUGGGCAAUGGCUUCGCAGGCUGCGUGCACUUCCCCCACACGGCCCCGUGUGAGGUGCGCGUGCUCAUGCUUCUGUACUCGUCCAAGAAGAAGAUCUUCAUGGGCCUCAUCCCCUACGACCAGAGCGGCUUUGUCAACGGCAUCCGCCAGGUCAUCACCAACCACAAGCAAGUCCAGCAGCAGAAGCUGGAGCAGCAGCGUGGGAUGGGCACCCAGCAGGCACCCCCUGGGCUGGGUCCCAUUCUGGAGGACCAGGCAAGACCCUCACAGAACCUGCUCCAGCUCCGCCCGCCACAACCCCAGCCUCAGGGUACCGUUGGGGCCUCUGCGGCCUCCGGGCAGCCGCAGCCCCAGGGUGCUGCCCCGGCCCCUCCAGGCGCCCCGCAAGGCCCUCCUGGAGCAGCCCCCGGCCCGCCCCCUCCUGGACCCCUCCUCCGGCCCCAGAACCCCGGGGCCAACCCCCAACUUCGGAGCCUCCUCCUCAACCCACCCCCGCCCCAGACUGGGGUGCCCCCCCCUCAGGCCUCCCUCCACCACCUCCAGCCACCAGGGGCCCCUGCGCUGCUGCCCCCACCGCACCAGGGCCUGGGGCAGCCCCAACUGGGGCCCCCUCUCCUUCACCCGCCGCCGGCCCAGUCCUGGCCUGCUCAGCUUCCCCCAAGGGCUCCACUGCCAGUGGCAAAACGAAAGAGAGAACGAGAGGGCCACGUGUUUCGAGAGAAAUGGGAGCGAGCCUAUUUCUUUGUGGAGGUGAAGAGCAUGCCUACGUGCUUAAUAUGCAAAAAAAUCGUGUCUGUGUUGAAAGAAUACAACCUGAAGCGUCACUAUGAAUCCAAGCACAGUAAGAGCUUCGACCAGUACACAGAGCAGACGCGAGACGCAAUUCUCAAUGAACUGAAGAAGGGCCUCAAGUGUCAGUAGGGCCGGUUUCGGAAAGCCGGCAGGAGCAGCGGCGUGGCUGCCGCUCGAGGCUCAGGAACCACAUGGCGCGAAUCACCCGGGCGUUCCAGCCCACAGACAUCCAGUUUAUGAGGGAGCCGAAGAGACACCCCCCGGACAGAAACCCCCUUCUGCUUGGACCGUCGUCUGAGUCCAGCAGGCAUCCGCGUCUCGUGGGAGGGGAAGAGAAACCUGAAGAUCGACACGUCCAGUUGCUUGACCGAGUCAGAUCAGUCGUGGCCUUUACUAUCGCUGCUCAUGAACUAUCACCACCCAGUUAGCUUUAUUUAUUUGUGGCGUGGAGAAUCUCGAUGUGACCGAAGAAAGCUGUGACAUGGUGCCAAGGCAGGCCCGACCCUGGGAAGUGACUUGUUUUCUGUGUGUCAAGAGAAACACACACUUCACGAAAGCUGGUCUAAACACCUAAGCACAGCUACAGACUGCGGUGGUGAUCAAACCACCCAUGUCCCUUGGGAUGCAGGCGGGUCGCCUGCAUCCAAGGGGACAUCAUUGGCAGAGACUCAAGUCAGGUCAUCGCAUCAAUUACCAGGCACUGACUUUGCCGUGAGAGGUCAGUGAAACACAUGACACGGCAUCCGUGACAGGGUUUUGUACCUUAACCACGGGCAGGCUGGUGAUGAACUUGACCCAGUGUGUUUUAUAGAAGCUCUGCGACCUUGUGACAUGUGGAAGCAGUCUGAACUGUUGCAGUCCAUCAACUUAGCUCAUUUCAGGUGAGCCAGAAGCCACACCUUGGUCCCCCUGAGAAGGUCAGUCAGAGACUUUGGGUCAAAGUUCCUACCCUUCUGAACACUUGUUCUCCCAAGGACAUUCACAAACAGCUACUUGAAUGUAUGAUCAUGUUCACCCAGUCCAGGCAGAAAUGGGGACGCCGUCAGCAGGGAGUAUUCUGACUCCCUUUCCGUGGCUGCAGGUGGUCUCCAGAAAUGAAGGGCAUGGCCUGGACAGCGUCCACUCAACUCGUGGGGCUAAAGAUCAAAGUGCCCCAAGGCUCCCGGCCUCCAGACAUGAUGAAAACGAAUGAACACUGCCCCAUUUGCUUUUCUUGGUUGCUGUCGAUCGUGUGAGCACGGACCACAAAUACUAGCCGCUGAGCUCUAGGGCAGUGGGCUGCCGGUCGCCCAGUGGGCUCCCUCAGAAGACGACAGCUCUCACCGCUCUCCAGCAGUCGCCUGAAUCCCGUGUCUGGAAGCGCCCACGCUUGUGAGCAGCCAUUUUCCGUUACACAACUGAAAUCAAGUUCAAUGCUGCCCCCAGCUUCAGGAGUCCAGGUCGAGUUCUCAGCCACCAGUCCCACCCUUGACAUCCAGGGGUGGCAUGGAUGAGGCCCACCCCCCGGCUUCAUAGUCCAGGGAGCAGAAGAAUUACGAAAGAGAAAACAAAAAAAUUUAGUAAUUAAAUAUUUCUAUUUUUCAAUUUGUAUUUUUUCAAUUUGGAUUUGAAAGAUAAACUCCAGUACCAUACCUGU